AUGGACAAUCAUUACACAGAUGUGCGGAAAGAUGCGCGCUCAUUUUUUCUGUUAUUUACCAUACACGUCGCGUCAGCUGCUGGCGAAAAUCCAUUACUAAUGGCAACGCGGAACUCUGAUCAAAUAGCAAAAACUGCUGAGUGCGUUUUAAAACUAUCUGCUAAAUACUUUGUGGAGAAAAAGGCGUUAAGCGGCAGCAUUGUGAUAAUAAACAUCAACUCUUAUUAUUCCACUACGCAGAGGCUACUUUUGCAGACCAUACACGGAGGUAUGAAAUAUUCGGUUAUGGUAAAGGACUCUUUUUACCCACACGCGAACGCCUCCCACUUUCCUGAAAGCAAAAAUUACAUGUUGAUUUUGGAAAUGAAAUCUGAAUUGGAGAGGAAUAUACUGCAGUUAAACAAGCUGCCGACUUGGAAUCCUUUGGCAAAAGCUAUGGUUUUCUACCAGCUAAGGGGUAAUGAAGUUGGAGAAGAUGUAGCUAUUAGGUUUAUAAAUGAAUUGCGUGAAUUCCAACUAUUUAAAACAAUCAUUCUGAUUCAUAAAGAGGAAAAAGAUGAGGUCAUUGCUUAUACUUGGAGACCGUACAGCGAUAACAACUGCGGUGGGAAAUGUGAAUCAGUCUACAUACUUGAUAAAUGCUUUAACAAUACUAUUUAUGAAAUACAAAUGCCAGCUGAAAUGUUUCCUCAAAACAUGAAGAAGUGUCCGUUGCUAACAUAUGCUGUAGUUUCAGAGCCUUAUGUGAUGCCGCCGGUGCGAAAAAAUAGUCAACAGACUUAUGACGAUGUGUACGAAUUCAACAAAGGAGCAGAAAUUAAUUUAGUGAAGAUUAUUUGCCAAUUUACAAACAUGACGUUGGUAGUUAGAAUUCAGAUCGAGAAGAAAAUUGGGGCCAUUUAUCCAGACGGCACGGCUACUGGCGCGUAUGGUGUACUUAGAAAUGGCACAACAGACUUAGUAAACGGCAAUAUAGAAGUUACUAGAACUAUUCGCCGCAAAUGGUUCCAUCCCACGGUGAGUUAACAAGAUGAAAUGACAUGGUGUACCACACAGGCGCUCACGUGGGAUAACCUGGUUAUAAUUUUUCAAUGGCAAACAUGGCUCGCUACUUUAAUAAGUUUAUUAAUUAUGGGACUGUUAUUCCACUAUUUUUAUUACAAAGAACACGAUAACUCUACCAAAUGGCCAACAAAUUCUAUACUCAUGACGUUCGCGAUGUUAUUAGGAUGGGGUGCGAAUUUCGACCCUAAAAGCAUGACGUUUAGAAUUCUUAUAUUCGGAUGGCUGUGCUUCAGCAUCAACAUGAGCAUUUCGUACGAAUCAUUUCUCAGGACAUUUCUUAUGCAUCCACGUUUCGAAAAGCAAAUAACAACUGAAGCAGAGCUCAUACAAUCUAGCCUAUCGAUCGGCGGUAGGGAAAUAUAUCAACAGCAUUUUAAAAACAAUAAUGCCAGCUCGUUUUACUUCUAUCGGAAAUACAGAACGACGACGUUCAUAGACGGUAUCAGGCGUGCGGCGUUGGAAAGAAACUUCGCCAUCGUUUCCGCGCGACGUCAAGCGGAAUUCCAAGACCAAAAACUGGGCAGAGGUGCGCCUUUGAUUUAUUGCUUCCCUGAAGAAAAUAACUUGUAUAAAUACGGUGUGGUCUUGCUCGCUAGGAAAUGGUUUCCCAUGCUCGAACGGUUCAAUAUGAUAAUAAGGAGUGUAUCGGAGAACGGUUUGAUAGAUAAAUGGAAUGAAGAGUUGUUUAUUCAUACGGCUUCUGGGAGGGGGCGAGCGCCAUUGUGCCGCUGAGUAUCCAGCACUUGUUGGGCGCGUUUAUGUUCAUAGGUUUUAUGUGUGUUAUAAGUGUGUUUGUUUUUUUGUGUGAGU